CAGAGGCUGAUCCAAAAAAUGUUACUCAAUUCCUACCCAUUGAUUCGGCUAGAAAAAACUCCGAGUUCGAUCGGCCCGUGAAUAAAUGGUCACUCAUCCCGGGGAAACUUCAGGCAAGUUGGGAUUAGUUUGAAGAUAAGAUUGGUCUGCCGCAUAUACCUUCCUCAUUAGUACUCUAUGUAAUAGUGGGGGAUGCAGAUGAUAUACAACUGAAGCUUCGCAUCACCUCGGGAACUUUGAACGUUAUACGAACCGGAAGAUACACAUUGAAACACUCAAUUUAUUACAAUUAAGACAAAACUCUGGUACCCAACACUACUCAACAAUUAGUUUGUUUAAGACCUCGCAUAUUCAAUUUCUAUCAAUUGACCAGUCAACUGAAAUUAUGUCAUUCAUCGUUACUCAAUUUAGUAGUCCAUACAUACCACUUGCAGCAAGGCAAGAAGCUCUUGACCGAGCAUUCGCAGAUCCUGGAAUUCCAGGUGAAGUUCAUACAACGAAAUCAUUUUGGAUGAAAGAGCCACAUCCCGAGGUUGCAAGCGUACAGUCAGAACAUCUCCCGGAAAUCGCGGAUUACGUCAUCAUUGGUUCGGGUAUUACAGGAGCUUCAGUAGCACAAGCUUUGUUAGAGGGCCUCGAGAAGGCUAGUCCGUCAGAAACCCAGUCGUCAUCUCAACCGAAAGUCAUCAUGCUAGAAGCUCGAGAUAGCUGUAGUGGUGCCACGGGGAGAAACGGUGGUCACAUUUUGGAAACUGGCGAGGAAUAUGCCAUGCUUAAAGAACGUUUGGGUAAAUAUGAAGCUAUUAAAAUCCACAAACUGCGAAUUUCCCAUCUUGAGGCGUUGAUCAAAAGUGCCGAAAAUUUGGGGUUGACUGAAGAAUCACAAGUUCGUAAAGUACGAUUCUUGAGUGUGUAUUUUCACAAGGAGGCUUGGGAAGAUAUUCGGAAAGAUAUAGAGGUUUUCAUGACUGAUAUGCCAAGUGAUUCCAAAGGAUGGGGUUUCAUUGAAGCUGAUGAAUUGGCGAAGGUAGAGUUUUUAUUAUUGCAAAGUGUCCCUCUUCUCAACGAUGCAAAAGUCUGAAGAGAUGGAAUUAGAAGUCUUUAAUAGCUGAAUUCACUUGCAACAUCAGGAUUCACUUGCUAAUGUAUUUGAAGGUAUUCGGGAUACCAAAUGCUGCUGGAGCAGUGACAGGUAUUGCAGGUGCAAUGUGGCCCUACAAAUUUGUCACAGGUCUUCUAGCACACCUACGAAAACAAUUCCCAUCAAACUUCCUCCUUGAAACAAACACUAGCGUUUCCCAAAUCCAUGGAGACGAACACUAUUUCGAAGUCAUCACACCCCGCGGAACAAUAAAAUCCAAACACGUAAUCCACUGCACCAACGCCCACAUCGGGCACCUCGUCCCCGGCAUAAAAGGCUGCAUCUUUCCCAUCGUCGGACAAAUGUCCGCCCAACCACCCGGAGAUAAAUUCAAACAUCAAAGCGACCACUCCUGGAUUUUCAACUAUGCCCAUGGUUUCGACUACCUAACACAACUUCCCAUCAGCUCAAUCUCUAACGGUGAAAUGAUGAUGGGAGGCGGCUACGCACAAACACAAAAUGGCGGAAUUCACGAAGCUGGCAUUAGUAAAGAUUCGAAAUUAAACAUGUACGCCAAUAUCCACCUGCGCGGUGUCCUAGGCGCUGUCUUCGCACCAGACAACUGGGGCGCGCUUCACGAGCCGGCAGUGAAAUCAAUGUGGACGGGUAAUAUGGGGUUUAGCACCGAUGGAUUACCAUGGGUUGGAGCACUCCCUGAGUCUUUGACCGACAGGAUUACAACUACGCAAACUAGUCAUGAAGGAGCUGAAUGGGCUGCAGCGGCAUUUUCUGGGGAGGGUAUGGUUCAUGCUUGGUUAUGUGGGAAGGCGUUGGCGGAGAUGAUUCUUGCGUUUGAUGCUGUGAAGGGAGGGGUUGUAAUCCCGGAGUGGUUUCCAGAGGCGAUGGUUAUUUCUGAGGAGCGCUUGGUGAAGGCUCGGUUGGCGAGGUAUGCAAAGGAACGUGUGAUAUAAUUUCUGCGAUAUAUAAUGGGCUAUACAUAUCCGAACAAGAUAUUCUGGAUAAUAUUCGUCGGAUUAAAUUCGAAUAACUAAAUAUUCCCUUUGACAUUUUCAUUCGCUUGAUUAU